AUGACCGAUAUUUCGUUUAAGUUUAACGGAAUUGAUGAAAAUGAAUUGGAACAUGUGCCACUUGAGGCCUGGUCCAAUGACAUGUCCGAGUUCUCCAUCCCCGUCGAAAGGUCGCUUCAGAACAGCCAACCGAACAGCCGCCACACAGCUGCAUUUGCCCGUGUGAAUCUACAGACCUCGAGUCGCGACGAUGUGAGAACCGAGUUGGUGCGGUUUGUUGUGUGGUGGGCAUGUUGGAAGCCCCCGCUGCCGCAUCAGCAACCCCUUAGCCUCCUGCAUUGUGUCAUGAGGGUACUAAUUUUCCCUCACCCUUCCUCUGGCCUGUGGGGAAAGUCGAACUGUUUGGUUGUCGCGCUCAUUCGGUCAACCCUCUUCACUUCACGCUCUCUUUCGCCGAGCCUGCCUUGCACUCUCCUCUCGACUCCUGCCUCACUUCUACCCCAAACCCUCUUUUCCCCCCUCGCCACACCUACCCAAUGUACGACAGGCUCGUGCCGAGCCCAUUUUUUUGUCUGGUCCUUUGCAAGAUAG